UGCCGACGUUUGCGCCGCUGCGGGCGGGUGACGUGUAGGCCCGCGCCAGCUCCUCCUGGUCCCUGCUUGCCGGGUCUGUGGAUCGGUCCGAAGGUCGCCCGUCUGCCGGUGGUCGUGCUCGGUGUCCUGUGACUCGGAGCGAUCUGGUUUCAGGUUUCUCAUUGUAUGGAUCACUGACUGAGUAAUAGAUGACUUUACCUCGUCUCACAGGAGCCUUGCGCUCCUUUUCAAAUGUCACCAAGCAAGAUAAUUAUAAUGAAGAAGUGGCUGACUUAAAGGUGAAGCGGUCUAAACUUCAUGAACAAAUUGUAGGAUUGGACCUGACAUGGAAGAAGAUAGUAAAAUUUUUGAAUGAAAAACUGGAGAAGAGUGAAAUGCAAAGUGUAAAUGAAGACUUAAAAGAUAUAUUGCAGGCUGCAAAACAAAUAGUUGGAAUGGAUAAUGGAAAAGAAGCAAUCGAGAGCGCAGCUGCAUUUCUCUUCAAGACAUUUCACUUGAAGGACUUUGUUGGUCAAAAGGAGACAAAGGCUAUCAAACAGAUGUUUGGUCCCUUUCCAUCAUCGUCUGCCACUGCAGCUUGUGAUGCUACUAAUCGAAUUACUUCUCGUUUUCAUCAAGACAAUCUUACUGCCCUUGUCCAGAUGACAAAAGAGGAAUGUGAUGAUAGAGUUUUAUUUGGUAAAAAUUUAGCAUUUUCAUUUGACAUGCAUGAUUUGGACUACUUUGAUGAAUUGCCAAUAAAUGGUGAGUCCCAGAAAACUAUAAGUCUAGAUUACGAGAAGUUUCUGAAUGAACAUUUUCAGGAGCAUUCCACCCCAGAGAUCAAGCCUGUGGAAAAAACAAAUGACUCCUUUCUGUGGUGUGAAGUUGAGAAGUACUUAAAUGCAACCUUAAAUGAAAUGGCUGAAGCAACAAGAAUAGAAGAUCUUUGCUGUACUUUAUAUGAUAUGCUUGCUUCUGUUAAAAGUGGUGAUGAACUUCAGAAUGAGCUAUUUGAACUGCUGGGACCUGAUGGACUUGAACUUAUUGAGAAGCUCCUCCAGAAUAGAAUUACAAUUGUGGAUAGAUUUCUUAAUUCUUCAAAUGAUCAUAAGCUGCAGACUCUUCAAGACAAUUGCAAAAAAAUUUUAGGAGAAAAUGCUAAACCCAAUUAUGGUUGUCAAGUUACUAUUCACUCUGAACAAGAAAAGCAGUUAAUAAAACAAUAUCGCCGAGAAGAAAAAAGAAUUGCCAGACGAGAGAGAAAGGCUGGAGAAGAUGAAGUUUUAGAAGGACCUAUGUGCUUUGAUCCUAAGGAAUUACGGAUGCACAGAGAGGAGGCACUUCAGAAUGCUAGAAGUGCUCCAAUUCUGAGCAGACAGAGAGACAUGGUCUUUGAAAAGAUACGUUAUCCCCAUGUUUAUGAUUCCCAGGCUGAAGCCAUGAGAACGUCAGCAUUCAUUGCUGGUGCAAAGAUGAUUUUGCCAGAAGGAAUCCAAAGAGAUAAUAACAAGAUGUAUGAAGAAGUAAAGAUUCCCUACAGUGAACCAAUGCCAAUUGGCUUGGAGGAAAAACCAGUUUACAUCCAAGACUUAGAUGAGAUUGGGCAGCUGGCUUUUAAAGGAAUGAGAAGACUGAAUAGAAUCCAGUCAAUUGUGUUUGAGACUGCCUAUAACACCAAUGAGAACAUGCUGAUUUGUGCCCCUACUGGAGCUGGAAAGACGAACAUUGCAAUGCUUACAGUUUUGCAUGAAAUUCGCCAACAUUUUCAACAAGGUGUUAUCAAAAAGAAUGAGUUUAAGAUUGUAUAUGUUGCUCCGAUGAAAGCCUUGGCAGCUGAAAUGACAAAUUACUUCAGCAAACGUCUAGAGCCACUGGGCAUCGCUGUGAAAGAAUUGACUGGUGAUAUGCAGUUGUCAAAAAAUGAAAUUUUACGAACUCAGAUGCUUGUGACCACACCAGAAAAGUGGGAUGUAGUGACGAGAAAGAGUGUUGGGGAUGUAGGUCUUUCCCAAAUUGUAAAGCUCCUUAUUCUUGACGAAGUUCAUUUGCUGCAUGAAGAUCGAGGACCAGUAUUAGAAAGCAUAGUGGCACGCACUUUACGGCAGGUUGAAUCCACACAAAGUAUGAUAAGGAUUCUUGGACUCUCUGCAACCUUACCCAACUACCUCGAUGUUGCCACAUUUUUACACGUUAAUCCCUACAUUGGCCUUUUCUACUUUGAUGGCCGUUUUCGACCAGUUCCUCUUGGACAGACGUUUCUGGGAGUUAAAAGUACAAACAAGGUGAUGGUGUUUGUGCAUGCUCGAAAUGCCACUGUAAGAACAGCUAUGUCUCUAAUAGAAAGAGCGAAAAACAAUGGCCAGAUUUCCUGCUUUUUACCUACACAGGGGCCUGAAUAUGGACAUGCAGAAAAACAGGUGCAAAAGUCAAGAAAUAAGCAAGUACGAGAAUUAUUCCCAGAUGGCUUUAGUAUUCAUCAUGCAGGAAUGCUUCGGCAGGACAGAAAUUUGGUUGAAAACUUGUUUUCUAAUGGGCAUAUCAGAGUCCUAGUCUGUACAGCCACAUUAGCCUGGGGUGUCAAUCUUCCUGCCCAUGCUGUUAUCAUUAAGGGAACACAAAUAUAUGCUGCAAAAAGAGGCUCCUUUGUUGACCUUGGAAUAUUAGAUGUCAUGCAGAUAUUUGGUCGAGCUGGAAGACCACAAUUUGACAAAUUUGGGGAAGGAAUCAUCAUAACAACACAUGACAAACUCAGCCAUUACCUCACUUUGCUUACCCAACAAAACCCAAUUGAGAGUCAGUUUCUGGAAAGCCUUGCCGAUAAUCUAAAUGCAGAGAUUGCUCUGGGAACAGUUACUAAUGUGGAAGAAGCAGUGAAGUGGAUAAGUUACACUUAUCUUUAUGUACGGAUGAGAGCAAAUCCAUUAGUAUAUGGCAUCAGUCACAAGGCUUAUCAGAUUGACCCAGCAUUAGCAAAGCAUCGAGAACAGUUGGUCAUUGAAGUUGGACGAAAACUAGACAAAGCUAGAAUGAUUCGUUUUGAGGAGCGAACUGGAUAUUUUUCCUCAACUGAUUUGGGUAGAACCGCCAGCCACUUCUAUAUUAAAUACAGCACCGUUGAGACCUUCAAUGAACUCUUUGACGCUCACAAAACAGAAAGUGAUAUCCUUGCUAUAGUCUCCAAAGCUGAAGAAUUUGAUCAAAUCAAGGUCAGAGAAGAGGAAAUAGAGGAGUUAGAUACCUUAUUAAACAACUUCUGUGAACUCUCAGCCCCUGGAGGUGUAGAGAACAGUUAUGGGAAAAUAAAUAUCCUACUUCAAACUUAUAUCAGCCGAGGAGAGAUGGACAGUUUCUCCCUUAUAUCAGAUUCUGCAUAUGUUGCACAGAAUGCAGCUAGAAUUGUCCGUGCUCUUUUUGAAAUUGCUUUGAGGAAACGCUGGCCCGCCAUGACCUACAAGCUCCUGAAUCUUAGUAAAGUCAUCGACAAGAGGCUGUGGGGUUGGGCUAGCCCUUUGAGACAGUUUUCAGUCUUACCACCACACAUUCUGACAAGAUUAGAAGAAAAAAAUCUUACUGUGGAUAAGCUGAAAGACAUGAGGAAAGAUGAAAUAGGUCACAUGCUGCAUCAUGUGAAUAUUGGCCUCAAGGUCAAACAGUGUGUUCAUCAGAUUCCUUCUGUUACAAUGGAAGCAUCCAUUCAGCCCAUCACACGGACUGUCCUCCGAGUGACACUCAGCGUCAGUGCUGAUUUCACUUGGAAUGAUCAGGUUCAUGGGACAGUAGGAGAACCCUGGUGGAUUUGGGUAGAAGAUCCUACAAAUGAUCAUAUUUAUCAUUCAGAGUAUUUUCUAAUUCUUAAAAAACAGGUCAUUAGUAAAGAAGCUCAACUGCUGGUAUUUACAAUCCCUAUUUUUGAGCCUUUGCCUUCCCAAUACUACAUCCGAGCAGUGUCUGAUAGAUGGUUAGGCGCUGAGGCUGUAUGUAUUAUCAACUUUCAACAUCUGAUUCUGCCGGAGAGACAUCCUCCCCAUACAGAAUUACUGGAUCUUCAGCCUUUACCAGUCACAGCUUUGGGGUGUGACGCAUAUGAAGCACUGUACAACUUUAGCCACUUUAACCCCGUGCAGACACAAAUAUUUCAUACACUGUAUCACACAGACUGCAAUGUCCUACUUGGAGCACCCACUGGAUCAGGAAAGACUGUUGCAGCUGAAUUAGCCAUUUUCAGAGUCUUCAACAAGUACCCUACUUCGAAGGCAGUAUAUAUUGCACCCCUAAAAGCUCUAGUACGUGAGAGAAUGGAUGAUUGGAAAGUUAGAAUAGAAGAAAAACUUGGUAAAAAAGUUAUUGAGCUAACAGGGGAUGUGACUCCUGAUAUGAAAUCCAUUGCCAAAGCUGACCUGAUUGUCACCACACCAGAGAAAUGGGAUGGAAUCAGCAGAAGCUGGCAAAAUAGGAACUACGUAAAGCAAGUCACUAUUCUCAUCAUCGAUGAGAUUCAUCUGCUCGGGGAGGAGAGAGGGCCUGUUCUGGAAGUCAUUGUCUCCCGGACAAAUUUCAUCUCGUCGCACACAGAAAGGCCUGUUAGAAUAGUUGGCCUGUCUACUGCACUAGCUAAUGCCAGGGACCUUGCCGACUGGCUCAAUAUCCGUCAGAUGGGCUUGUUCAACUUCCGACCAUCAGUCCGCCCAGUUCCACUGGAAGUUCACAUUCAAGGUUUCCCAGGUCAACAUUACUGUCCUCGUAUGGCUAGUAUGAACAAGCCUACGUUUCAGGCAAUUAGAAGCCAUUCUCCAGCCAAACCUGUUUUGAUAUUUGUCUCAUCAAGACGUCAGACCCGCCUUACUGCUUUGGAAUUGAUAGCCUUUCUGGCUACUGAAGAAGAUCCAAAGCAGUGGUUGAAUAUGGAUGAAAGAGAGAUGGAGAACAUCAUUGGAACACUAAGAGAUUCCAACCUGAAGCUCACACUAGCUUUCGGAAUAGGAAUGCAUCAUGCGGGACUACAUGAAAGGGACAGGAAAACAGUAGAAGAACUCUUUGUAAACUGUAAAGUGCAGGUUCUUAUUGCUACAAGUACGUUAGCCUGGGGUGUGAACUUCCCAGCUCAUUUGGUAAUUAUUAAGGGAACAGAAUAUUAUGAUGGGAAAACAAGACGUUAUGUGGAUUUUCCCAUUACAGAUGUACUCCAGAUGAUGGGGCGUGCUGGGCGGCCUCAGUUUGAUGACCAAGGCAAAGCUGUCAUUCUGGUUCAUGACAUAAAGAAAGACUUUUAUAAAAAAUUUCUUUACGAACCUUUCCCAGUGGAAUCAAGUUUAUUAGGAGUGCUCUCUGACCAUUUAAAUGCAGAGAUUGCCGGUGGUACAAUAACAUCUAAGCAAGAUGCAAUGGACUAUAUCACUUGGACUUACUUUUUCCGACGUCUUAUCAUGAACCCCAGCUACUACAGUUUGAGUGAUGUGAGCCAUGAUUCUGUGAACAAGUUUUUGUCGUAUCUAAUUGAGAAGUCCCUGGUUGAAUUGGAACAUUCCUACUGUAUUGAAAUUGGAGAGGAUAAUCGGAGCAUUGAACCUCUGACAUAUGGCCGAAUUGCCUCUUAUUACUAUUUGAAGCACCAAACAGUUAAAAUGUUCAAGGAGCGUUUGAAGCCUGAAUGCAGCUCGGAGGAAUUGCUUUCAAUUCUGAGUGAUGCAGAAGAAUACACAGAUUUGCCCGUAAGACACAAUGAAGAUCAUAUGAAUAGUGAGCUGGCAAAAUGUCUUCCCUUUGAAUCAAAUCCUCAUUCCUUUGACAGCCCUCACACCAAAGCACACCUCCUCCUGCAGGCGCAUCUUAGCCGAGCCAUGCUGCCCUGCCCAGAUUAUGACACUGAUACCAAAACAGUCUUGGACCAAGCCCUCAGAGUUUGUCAGGCAAUGCUGGAUGUGGCUGCAAACCAGGGCUGGCUGGUGACAGCCCUGAAUAUCACCAACCUGGUGCAGAUGGUGAUCCAGGGUCGGUGGUUAAAAGACUCUUCUCUUCUUACAAUACCGAACAUAGAACACCACCAUCUUCACAUUUUCAGGAAAUGGAGCCCAGGUAUAAAGGGCCCACGUGCUGGGUGCCACGGCUUCAUCGAGUGCCUUCCUGAACUGAUCCAUGCCUGUGGUGGGAAAGAACACGUGUUCAGCUCCAUGAUGGAAAAGGAGAUACCGGCUGAAAAAAUGAAGCAGGCAUGGAAUUUCUUAUCUCGCUUGCCAGUGAUGGAUGUUGGCUUAAGUGUUAAAGGCUGGUGGGAUGACUCAGUGGAAGGACACAGUGAACUCUCUAUCACAACUCUGACUUCAGACAAACGAAACGACAACAGAUGGAUCAAAUUGCACGCCGACCAAGAGUAUGUGCUUCAAGUCAGCUUGCAGAGAGCCCACAUUGGGUUCCACAAGGGAAAGCAAGACAGCCAUGCAGUUACCCCUCGAUUUCCAAAAUCAAAAGAUGAAGGGUGGUUUUUGAUAUUAGGAGAAGUGGAUAAGAGAGAACUUAUUGCUUUGAAAAGAGUAGGAUAUGUUCGAAAUCAUCAGGUCGUUUCCAUCUCUUUUUAUACCCCCGAAGUACCUGGAAGGUAUAUCUACACACUGUAUUUCAUGAGUGACUGCUACCUUGGCCUAGACCAGCAGUAUGACAUUCAUCUCAACGUCACACCAGCGAGCAUUUCUGCACAGGUCAACGAGGAAGUCUCUGAAGCCUUGACUGACCUGAAAGGGAAAUAACCUGACCCAAGCAAUUCAUUUGAAAGAAGUGGUUAAGAAGUCUGGCUGUUCAGACAUCGAGACAAAGUCAAAUUACUUGAUGUUUGCCUGGAGGAAUCAACUUCUAACCUCAGGACACCCAGGAAAUAAACAGUAGCUGCAGUCAAUUUCAACACAAGUUAGCUGCAGUGGCCUUUUAACAAAUGUUGCCUUUUUUAAUGUUGUCUUCAUGGGUUUUCUGAUAUAUGAAAAAUCAGUGCACAUGUAGGAAAAUCUUUCAGUCUGUAUAUCAAGAUGAUAUAUAGGAAUUAUCAAUCAAAUUUUACAUCAUACGAUGUACUGUUUACAAGAACAUUAGCUUCCUUUUUUCUAAGGAAAACUACACCGAGGCAUGACAGUGUUAGAAUUUGUUGUAACAGAUUUCUAACCCUGUAGCAUAAAAUAUAUAAGGCAUCUGUAUGGCGGUACACAAUGUGUCUUACUCGCAAAAUUUAUACUUUGGCCACAUGUAGAAAUCAUUUCAAGAAUUUCUUACAGUCAUAAAUGUGAAUAAUAUAUGAUGUAAAAUUACAUUACAGAGCUCAAUGAUGAUAAAAGAAAACAGAAUAUACUGAUCUUAGAAAAUGUACAUACUGUAACUAGUGGGAAUAAAAUAUUUAGAGAGCCACUUCAAGACAA